AUGGGUUCUGGGAUAUUGGGUCGUGCUUUCUUUCAAGCUUAUCAUCAGGCCAUUGCUAAUGCGUCUAAAACUGGUGUUGCGCAGGAAGCGAUGCAAAAUGCAAAAUACGAUAAGCUGUUUGAGAAUAACGCUAAAGCUGGGAGCUUUUACCUUCAAUCUAAAGUUCUUCGAGCUAAAGAAUGCCUUGAAGUUGUGUACAGGAGCAACGGUACAUCUAGUUAA